AUGAAGCGGGAAACGUUCAACUUUCUAUGCCGGACUCUCCAGCCGUACCUGGAGAAGGAGAACACAAAUAUGAGACGAAGCAUAGCAUUGGACAGGAAAGUUGGGGCAGUGAUCGUGACACUCUCCUCCCAAGCUGAACUUCGUAUUGUGGCAAACUUAUUCGGGAUUUCAAUUGCUUCACUGUGCAUCUUCGUUCAAGAAACUUGCAAGGCUAUUAAUACAGUGCUCGUGCUACGCUUGAUCCGACUUCCCAAUGCAGACGAGACGAGGAGGAUUAUGGACGGUUUCGAGCGAAACUGGGGGUUUCCGAACAGUGCAGGUGCAAUUGAUGGCACACAUAUUCCAAUUAUGGCCCCAAAGCGCUACAAACCUGAUUACUAUAACAGGAAGAGCUACCACAGCUAUAAUGUCCAAGCAUAUGUGGACGACUGUUAUAGAUCCAGGGAUGUGGUUGCUGGUUGGCCCGGAAGUGUGCACGAUGCACGGGUUCUUGGAGAAUCGAAUCUAUUUGAUCUUAGGGAGGCAGGAAGGCUGUUUCCUGGGGUCUCAAAGAAUGUGAAUGGGGUAAAUCUUGCCCUAGUUAUAUUGGGGGAUCCAGCCUAUCCUCUCCUUCCAUGGCUGAUGAAACCUUUCCCUGUGAACGAUCGCACAACUGAGGCACAGAAAAGGUUUAAUUAUAUGCAGAGCCGGAACCGAAUGGUGGUUGAGAACACAUUCGGGCGUCUUAAAGGACGCUGGAGACGUAUUUUGAAGAGGAGUGACUUUAAAUACCUAAAUGUACCCAGUGUAAUCUUGGCCUGUUGCACCUUGAACAACUUGUGUGAAGAUCAGGGUGAGGACUUCCCUCAAAUCUGGCAUGAAGAAGUGGCGGCAAGGAUUGAGGAGCUCAGAGUACCAGUUGUAGAUCUCGAAGAAGACGAUGAUGUUCAGGAACAAGAUGCUGGUCGAAUAAGGGAUGUUAUAAAGGACUUCCUGGCCGUGUGA